AUGAAAUUUGUGGACAUACGCGUGAUGAGGCAGCAGUUUGUAACACUCCAUGCCGCACAAAAUGAUGGUCAGCUCAUUCCCAUAACUCGAGUGCAAAAAGAUGUCAUGUUGGGAGUGCGCAGACCGAGUUUAGUCCGACAAAUGGCCUUCCGACAGGAUUCGAAAGAAACGGAUUUGACCGUUCGACACAGCCAUCUGGCGCCUCCUACAGUGCCGCCAGACAGUCCACGACCUCAAAAGGAUGCUAAAAGUGAUCUCAUUGGUUCAUCUAUGAUGGUCACCAUGAAAGUGCCUGAAACAAAGAAAGCGGUCUUAAUACAUGCACCUGAAUACUACACCCUACGUUCCAAUGAUUCGCAAGCAGAAGACCAAUAUAAGGUGUACUUUGCUGAACUCGCUAAUCAUACGGUGUUGGAGGAGUACGACGCAAUGCACUGCUAA